UGAGAUUCUGGCGCAAUCUGACCGUCAAAAUAUUACGAAAUUGAAAUUCAAAAGCUAGAGGGAGGAAGAGCGAGACAGGCACACUUGCUCCUAUUCUUCUCCGUUCCUGAAAAAUCAUUCUUCUUCUUAGUCCGAUAUACAUACACACGCAUAUUCCGGGACGUAUAUUUCUGCUGCACGGAUCUAUUUUUAGAAGAUUGAGCUCGAUACGCUCACGAUUUUGAACCCGGCAUUUGAAGGUGUUUCUCCGUUCAAUGACUUCAAUCUGCGCUAAGCCAUGAGACUGUUUGGAUAUAGAUUCUGAAUUCAGGCAAUUUACUAAAUACUGCCGUAGAAUCAGAAAUUCGGAGACCUUCGUGGGAGUUUCGUGAUUUUUGGAGGGGGGCAUGUGAGUUCUGAUUUGAUUUAAUAUAUUUAUUAGUUUGUUUGGCGUGGCCAAUCGUUCUCGGUUUGAAUGGAGAAUUGCGAGGCUGGGGAUUUCCUCCCGAUGAGGUCACACUCGGAGGCGGCAUCUACAGUCACCGCGCCACCGCUGCUAGCAUCUGUGGAUGUUCCGACGAAGAAGCUUGCCAGGCAGCUGGAUUUCACGGGUAUAGGAGGCGGAGGAGGGGAUGGCAGUGCUGCAGCGGCAAUUUUUCUGGAGCAUCAUGGACAAAUUCAGCAGCAGGUGCCCAGGCCUAGCCAAUCCACACGGCCUCAGUUACAGCCACAACUCGUGGCGAAGCCAAGCCAUCCUCCCCGGCCACAAUUACAGCUACAGCAACAUAUACUAUUGAUGCAGCAACCUCCACCGUCACCCCACAUUCCUUCAAAUCGACCUAUGAAACCAGAAUCUCCAAGUGCACGGCCAAGGCAAAGUGCUACUGAAGUAAAAGAUGGUACUCCAAAGAAGCAAAAACAAUGUAAUUGCAAACACUCUCGAUGCUUAAAACUGUAUUGUGAAUGCUUUGCAUCAGGCAUAUAUUGUGAUGGGUGUAACUGUGGAAACUGUUUUAAUAAUGUUGAAAAUGAAGCUGCCAGACGAGAAGCUGUCGAAGCUACGUUGGAUCGCAAUCCAAAUGCAUUCAGGCCUAAAAUUGCCAGCAGUCCCCAUGGAAUCCGGGACAGUAGGGUAUUGUCACAACUGAAAACAAAGGAGGAAGCCGGUGAUGGUUCAAUCUUAGGGAAACAUAACAAGGGAUGCCACUGCAAAAAAUCAGGGUGUCUUAAAAAAUAUUGUGAGUGUUUUCAAGCUAACAUUCUAUGCUCAGAAAAUUGCAAAUGCAUGGACUGCAAAAAUUUUGAAGGAAGUGAAGAGAGGCAGGCUCUCUUCCAUGGGGAUCAUUCAAACACCAUUUCAUAUCUGCAGCAGGCAGCAAAUGCUGCAAUAACUGGUGCUGUUGGAGCAUCUGGUUAUGGCUCUCCUCCAGUUAGCAAGAAGAGAAAGGGACAGGAGCUCUUUUUUGCUACAACAAUGAAUAACCCAGUUCACUCAUUUGGGCAGUUUCAACAGACCAACCAUACUAAACCUAAUAUACCACCCUCUUCAAUGUCUUCAAUUUCCAAUGCUCGUGUUUGCAAUUCAGCCACAGUGGGACCAUCAAAAUUUACUUACAGGUCUUUAUUAGCAGACAUGAUCCAACCACUGGAUGUGAAAGAACUUUGUUCCGUUUUGGUGUACUCUUCAAGACAAGCUGCCAAACUGUUUGCAGAGGAAAAGAGUGCAAGAGAAAAACAAAGAGAAACAUCUGUUGCUUUAUCAUCUCAAGAACAACUAGUGAAUGACAAAAGUGUGGUGGGGGAUGCUUUGCCCAGCAAUUGUUCCAGUGGGAGCCUGGAUGACAAAAGAGGCACAGGCAAGCCCUGUUUGGAUGCUGUUGACGUGCCAACGCAAAGGCCAAUGUCUCCAGGAACUUUGGCAUUAAUGUGUGACGAGCAGAAUACUGUGUUUUCUGCAGGUUCUCCUAAUGAAUCCACUAGCCUUUGCUGUGCCACAUCUUCCCAAAUGUCUCAUGGUAAAGCUAUGCCUGAAGUUUAUGCAGAGCAGGAAAGCAUUGUUUUGACAAAGUUCCGUGAUUGUCUUAAUAGACUUAUCACUUUGGGAAAGCUAAAAGAAACAAAGUGUUCUUCAAUGGCACGCGCGUCAGACUUGAUUCACCAAAAGGACAUCGUAAUCAACAAUGACACACAGCAAGAAGCUUACAUCAAUGGUUUUGCUCAGCCUCCACCGAGAACUUCUCAACCGGUAAGUUUUACCGCUGGUGGUGCUAGUACUCCUCUUCCGGGUAUUUCACAAGCAACUGAGAAUGAGGUUCAAAAACCAAAAAACUAAAAGUUAGACUGCUGUAUAGAGAUUUGCGCAACACAUGUGCAUCAUGUAAUAUUAGGUGAUUGUUUGCUUCUGACUUCUGUUAGGUGAUUUUCCCAACAGCUGUGUUGUGUUCAUUUGGGGCACCAUCCAUAAGAGCUAACAUAUUCAUAGGAUUUUUAGCAUUGUUCAAGGAUAGUAAAAAAGUUUUUGUCCACUAGCCAUUACACAUUUGUAGGGAUGUGACAUUUGUAUGUAAGGCAGUUCAAGUGGGCAAGCCCGCUCUUGUUAGAAUGGACGAUUCUGGAAGUACCUCAUUUAGGCUCAUGUAAUCAUGGAUGUUUGAGUUAAUAAUAUCUUUCUUCCGUUUGAGUAAAA